AUGUGUACACGUACAUGUGUAUUAUGUGCCUUUAUCUCAACCUCUCUCUCUCUCUCACUAGAUAUUCCUAUUAAUCCGUAUCCUGUUAGAUUAGCUGAUGGUAUUAAUGAUCACUCCGGUCGUGUCGAGAUAUUUUAUAACAACGAGUGGGGGACUGUCUGUGAUAAUCAUUGGACUAUGAAUGAAGCUAAUGUCGUAUGUAGAGAACUAGGAUUCCCUGGUGCUCAAGAUGGCGGUGCUCUUGGUGGUUCAGCUAGUACAGCAGGUAACGGUCACAUUUGGUUGAGUAAUGUAAACUGUCAAGGAAAUGAGUACUUCUUGCAUCAGUGCAGCCAUGAUCCUUAUGGCAGUAACAACUGCCAGCACGUGAAUGACGCUAGAGUGAUAUGUAAAGCUAAUUAUCUCAAUGUCACACUUCACGGUCCAACCCCAUCAGCCGGUCGUGUCUCUGUUAAUUACAAUGGACUGGGUUGGGGUACCAUUUGUGAUACCUACUGGAGCAUAAAAGAUGCUGAUGUGGUCUGUCGUAUGAUUGGAUAUAAAUCAGCUACUAAUAAUUACACCCAUGCAAUCCCUUAUGGACAAGGUACACUAUGUACAUGUACAUGCAUGAAUAGUAUUAUGUGCUAUAUGUUAUUUUAUUAUUAUUUAUUAUAUACAUGAACAUCAGUUAAUGUU